UAGUUAAAUCGUAGUAGUUUAUCUGAUUUCAUGUUGAAGUGUGAAAAAACAUUUGGUACAUCAAUAACCGUCCGAACAAUGAACUUAACCGCGAUCGUAACUCAUUUCCAUCUGACUGUUCUAUUGAUUCACCCUAUUGAUAGAUUGGGUCGGGUUUGAACGGGUGAGUCGGGUUGAAAAAAAAAAAAAUUUCCACCCCCUCGUCCUCGUCCAACCACCGACGCAGCGGUUCGCAAUCCAACGAAUCCCAAUUCGUACGCCAUCCCGUCACCAUCUCAAAUCUGGUGGUGAGAGAGAUUGCGGUUAGGCAUCGGAGCUUUCCGCUGAAGAAAGAGAACCAACUAACCACCGUAGUCUCUCUCUCUCUCUCUCUCUCUCUGUCAGGCUCGCUGCCAGCCGCUGCUUCAGCUCCCUUGCUUGCUUAACAGCUUAUCCCCGCCAUCGCAUUAUUAUUAUUAGACCCCUUAACCCAACCCCGCUCACCGCCGAUACCCCCAACUGGCAACGAUGAACAGAGAUUCCUCCGACGAAGACGACGAUCGCGAGAGCUUCCUCGAACAGAACGACCGGAAAAAUCAGCACCCUAACCCUCACCACCAACCCUCAUCCUCUCCCCGCCGAUCCCUUUCCUCUUCUCUACACGUCGAGGAUCUCCGCACCUUCGGCAAUGGCGUCCGCCGCCGCUUCUCCAAUCUCAACCUCAAAAGGUACCUCUUCGCCGUCUUCCUCCCGCUCUUCAUCCUCCUCCUCUACUUCUCCACCGACUUCCGCACCCUCUUCUCCUCCAAAUUCCCCGUCCUCAACCUCGAUCCCCUUUCCGAUCGGAUGCGCGAGUCCGAACUCCGCGCCCUCUACCUCCUCCGCCAGCAGCAGAACUCCCUCCUCUCCCUCUGGAACCAUUCCUCCUCCAAUUCUUCUUCUUCUAUUCCCUCCCCGACCUUCGAUUCCAUCCAAUCCGCCCUCCUCCCCUUGAUUGCGCUCAACAAGCAGAUUGAGCAAGUUCUAUUGUCCCCUCACAACUCCCCGAACAACAGCACUGCCUUGUCUUCAGAUUCCGAUCCAUCUGCCACGGCUCCUGGUCUCUUCUCCACCUGCCAGAGCAUCCACCGCCGCCUGCCCGGCCGGAAAACCAUGGAUUGGAAGCCCCGACCCGAUAAGUUCUUGUUUGCUGUUUGUUUGUCUGGGCAGAUGAGUAACCACUUGAUUUGCUUGGAGAAGCACAUGUUCUUCGCUGCUCUGCUCAAUCGGGUCUUGGUCUUCCCAAGCUCUCGAUUCGAUUAUCACUACAGCAGGGUGUUGGAUAUCGACCACAUUAAUACUUGUCUGGGAAGCAAGCUUGUGCUCAACUUCGAAGAAUUCGAGGAGAUGAGGAAGAAUCGCCUGCGAAUUGACAAGUUCAUAUGUUACUUCUCAUCCCCCACGCCCUGUUACGUCGACGAGGAACAUGUCAAGAAGUUGAAGGCCUUGGGGAUCUCUAUUGGGAGUAAGCUAGAGUCUCCUUGGAAAGAGGAUAUCAAGAAGCCUAGUAAAAGGACUGCUCAGGAAGUUGUGGCCAAGUUCUCGUCUAACGACGAUGUUAUUGCCAUUGGAGAUGUCUUCUACGCGGAUGUCGAGACUGAAUGGCUGAUGCAGCCCGGUGGCCCUCUUGCUCACAAAUGCAAGACCUUGAUCGAACCCAGUAGACUUAUCACGCUCACAGCCCAGCGUUUCAUCCAGACAUUCUUGGGGAAGAACUUCAUUGCUCUCCAUUUCCGGCGGCAUGGCUUUUUGAAGUUUUGUAAUGCUAAAAAGCCGAGUUGCUUUUACCCGAUUCCUCAAGCUGCCAGCUGCAUCGCUCGCUUGAUUGAAAGAGCAAAUGCACCAGUUAUCUAUCUUUCAACUGAUGCGGCAGAAAGUGAAACUAACUUGUUGCAGUCACUACUGGUUGUGAAUGGGAAGACCAUACCAUUAGUUAAGCGACCUCCUCCUAAUUCAGCUGAAAAGUGGGAUGCUUUGUUGUAUAGACAUCACCUUGAGGAUGAUCCACAGGUGGAAGCUAUGCUGGAUAAGAGCAUAUGUGCCAUGUCAAGCGUGUUUAUUGGAGCAGCAGGAUCUACUUUCACGGAAGAUAUUCUAAGGCUUCGCAAGGACUGGGACUCAGCAUCAUCAUGUGAUGAAUACCUGUGCCAGGGUGAGCUCCCAGACUUCAAAGCAGAAGAUGAAUGAAAUGAAGAAGAAAAAGAAAGAAGACUUGAGGUUUGGGGAUUAGGGGAGAUGGAUUCCUUUGCUUGCAUCUAUGGCUGCAGUUGGUUGGAAUGGAGGGGAGCAGCAGCUGGGGAACAACGAACGAUGGAUUCCUUUUAUCCAUGUUUUAUGCCGUGGAGAUCCCUGCUGAGCCCAAUUCUUGUGCCUGAGAUAGCUGGCAAGCAACUGAGCAGCUCCAACCUUCAUUCAUCCAUUCCUGAAGAUACUUGUAAGCAAGCAGCGGUUUGUAUCUUUAGUCGUUUAACUAGUAUUAUGCAUAUAGAAGUGGCUUGUUUAUCGGCUCGGCUCGGCUCGUCUGUGCAGAUAGGAAAGGGUGAAAAAGGAAGUGUUUUUUUAGUUUGUUUGUUGGUUUAGAAGUUGAAGAAAUACAUAUACAUCAGUGGCUGCCAGCAUCCAGCCUUGUUCAGGGAAUCGGAAUCGCACCGGUCUCCCUGAUGAACUAACUAAAGUCUAAAUGCCUGUAGCUGAUGAAGGCUCCGGAGCUAGACUUCUUGGCUUGGUGCAUAACAGGAGAAAGACAUUCGUUGGGUCGAUUGAUAUGGAAAAUAAAAAGUCCAGAAAUAAACAAACUUGGGAAUGAAUGGCACAAAUGAUUACUAGCUUGUUAUUUGUUGGUUGAUUGCAUGUAGUUCGAAAGAAAGAAGAGUUAUUAGUGGAAUUGAUUGGAGGGAAAUUGCAUGUUCUUAUUGCCCAGAAUUGACUUGAAUCGAUUCGUAACAACCACCACCACAUCC